AUGGAUAAAACCAAUAUUACCAAUGAGUAUACUUUUCAAUUAUUAAAAAGAAAAUAUAAUGAAAAAAAAAUUUAUUCUUCAUAUUUUGACAUUUUAAAAAUUAAUAGAUACAAAAAGAAGGAAGUGUUAGCUUACUAUGAAAAGGAACUUCGUUUAUUAAAAAUAUUUCAGGAAGAUUUAUAUAUAACAGAAUUUUUUAAUAAUAAUAAUAAAAUAAAAUAUAAAGAAAAUGAUUUAGAUAAUUCAAAUCGCCAAACAUAUAUUUUACUUUCGAGGGCAUCAUUAAUAAUAAAUAUUAUACGUCUUCUAAUUAAUUUUAUUGCUUCAAUUACUUCUGGAUCAUAUUCAGUUAUAAGUACAUUCUUAGAUUCAUUCUUAGAUUUAACAACUGGUGGAAUUAUUCAUUAUGCAAAUCAUGCCAUUGAUAAUACAAAUAAAUUAUUAUAUCCAAGAGGAAGAGAUAGAUUAGAAAUAUUAUGUGGAAUUAUUUGUGCUGUUAUUAUGAGUAUUGCAAAUUUUUUAAUGAUAUUAAAUUCAAUAAAAAUAUUUUUUAAUGAUUAUAAUAUAAUAUUAAAUAUUGAUACAAUGACCAUUCUUAUUUUAUUAUUUAGUGUUGCUUGUAAAUUUUUAUUAUUAUUAGGAUGUAGAAAAAUAAAUACACCAUCAUCACGUGUAUUGAGUGUUGAUUUAAAAAGUGAUAUAUUAACAAAUAUUGUUGCUAUAACUGGAGCAUAUAUUGGUACAAAUUAUUGGAAGUAUGCCGAUCCCAUUGGUGCUAUACUUGUCUGUUCAUGGAUUGUCUAUUCUUGGUAUGUUAGUUUAAUUGAACAGAUACCAUUAAUUGUUGGUGGGCAAUUAAAACAAGAACAAUAUAAUAGAGUUGUCCAUCUAUCAAUUAAUCAUGAUAGGAGGAUUAAACGUUUAGAUCAUAUACUAGUAUAUUAUAUUGGUGUUAAGGCUCAAGUUGAAAUUUAUAUAAUAAUGGAUGAAAAAUUAACAUUAAAAGAUAUUCAUACUAUAACAGAAGCAUUAAAACAUAAACUUAAUAUGUUGGAUUUUGUUGAAAGAGUUUUUAUACAUUGUGAUUAUAAAAGUUAA